UCUUUACGCAUCCCCAAAGAGAUGGACAUCGUAACCGUGGUGUUGCUGACGAUAGUGCUUCUGCUCGUUCUGCUCGAGUUGCGUGUGCAAUUUUCGAUUCCAUACCGUGCAGGGAAAAAGUAUCCUGGCCCUAAAGCACUUCCGUUGCUUGGCAACGCACACAACCUACUCUUCAACGAUCAACAGCGCACGUUCCAGCUGCCCCGUCGUUGGGCGGCACUGUACGGUGACACGUACAGGAUACUGGUCCGGGGUUUGCUCAACCUAAACGCCAUCCAGGCGAAGGAUGUCGAACCGUUGCUCUCGAACCCGAAGCUCAUCGAUAAGGGACUGAUCUAUAGUUUGCUGCACGAUUUCCUCGGUAUUGGGUUGCUCAACAGUACCGGCUCGAAAUGGCAACAUCGGAGGCGCAUUUUGACGCCCGCGUUUCACUUCAACAUUUUGCCCAGCUUUUUGCUCACGUUCCAGGAAGAGUGUCGCAAUUUGGUAGCGCAGUUGGGACAGUACGCCGAUAAGGGUGCGCCAGUCGCGCUGCAACCGGUGGCAACCAAAUUCACCCUCAACACGAUUUGUGAAACGGCCAUGGGCAUAAAGCUGGACUCGAUGACGCUGGCGAACGAGUACCGUAGCAGGAUUGAAGCAAUCGGUACCAUGCUGCUCCAGCGGCUGAUGAAUCCCUGGCUGUUCGAGGAGUUCAACUAUAAGAUCACCGGAUUGCAUGCCAAAUUUAAGAAGCUUCUUCAACCGGUGCACGCAUUCACCAGGUCAAUCAUACAGCAGCGCCGUGAGCUGUUUCACCAGAACAUCCAAAACAUUGGUGACUUCACGGAGGAGAACAUUUAUACGAACAUUAAGCAACGGUACGCCAUGCUGGACACGUUGCUGGCCGCUGAAGCGAAGGAACAAAUCGACGAGGAAGGCAUCCGCGAGGAGGUAGAUACGUUUAUGUUCGAAGGACACGACACGACGUCGGCUGCGAUCAUCUUCACGCUACUCCUGAUUGCGCACAGCCCCGAGGUUCAGCAGCGUUUGUACGAGGAGCUACAGCAGAUCGUAUCCUCACGAUCGGAUUCCGACCACGAGGAGUUCACCCAGCGAGAGUACAACGAGCUGAAGUACAUGGAUAUGGUGUUGAAGGAGUCACUACGGUUGUACCCACCGGUUCCCUUCAUUUCUCGUAACAUCUCCGAGGACACGAUGUUUGGUGAUCGUCUCGUGCCGAAGGACACGCUGUUCAAUGUGCACAUUUUCGAUCUGCACCGUGACCCGGCUGUGUUUCCCGAUCCAGAGCGGUUCGAUCCGGAUCGCUUUUUACCGGAAAAUGUGGAAAAACGAAGCCCGUACGCGUACGUGCCGUUUAGUGCGGGCCCAAGGAACUGCAUCGGCCAACGGUUUGCAAUACUGGAGCUGAAGUCGGUACUGGUUGCGAUACUGAUGAGCUUCCGCGUGCUGCCGGUGACGAAACGCGAGGAUGUGGUCUUUGUGGCGGAUUUAAUUUUGCGCACUAAGGACCCAAUAAUGGUUAAAUUCGAACGGCGUUGUGCUUCAGGGCAACAAGCACGUUAGGUUUACUUUAAGGAUACUCAAGCCUUAUGGUGAGCAUGAAUAAAAGCAUAGUAUUAAGGCAGAGAAAUAAAACUGGGACAAACCCUGAGUGGGUAUGAU